AUGCGACUCCGCACGCCAGACGAUGACCAGAUUGCGGACUUGAUCUCAAGCUUACGCAUUCAAUGUGUUGAUAGACAUCCCAGGACCAUUUACCAUAUUCCGCUCAUAGAAGCUCCCCGUCUAUAUGGCCGCGAAGAAACCCUCGCCGAGAUCACCUCUCGACUGUCACCUGAUGCCCACAACAACUCCCUCCAAUUCUUUGCUCUGUAUGGCAUGAGUGGCGUCGGCAAGACUCAGGUUGCCCUGAGGUAUGCCAAUGCAUCCCGCGACAAAUUCGAUUUGAUAUUCUGGAUCUCGGCCUGCAGUCGAAGAGUGCUCCAGGAGAGUUUUCAGACAGUCGCGACAUUGCUAGGCUUGAACAGACCAGGCACCACGAAAGAUGAUGAAGAGCUUGUAUCAAAUGUGCAUACCUGGCUUUCGUCAACAGAAAGCCGCUGGUUGCUUGUUUAUGACGAUGCCAACGAUGUGCAUCUCCUCAGCGACUUUUGGCCAUCGGCUAUGCGUGGGUCUAUACUCGUCACUGGCCGAAAUCCAGCAAUUGCCUUUAGUCUAACCUCGCGCGGACACCGGCUGCAUCCCUUUGAUGUCGAUACUGCGUCGAGAAUGCUUCUCAAAAUCCUGGACCUCGAUAGCGAGUCGAAAUUACACCAGAAGGACGCGGAGAAUGUUUGCACCAGGCUGGGAGGUCUCCCGCUUGCGCUGGAUCAAAUAGGCGGGUUUAUUUUCCGGAGAAACAUCGCGUUGAAGGACUUUUUGGCCGUGUAUGAUGAAUACACCGAGGAAAUUGAUGAUGAUAAGACCAUGAGCACGGAUGGCCGGUGUCUUGCUAGCCUUUGGGGUCGGGAUAUAGCUGGGCUCUGGGGAGGUGCGCAGACGCUUCUUACGAUCCUGGCGUUUCUCAGCCCCAAUGGCAUAUCAGAAAAGUUCCUUCAAGAUGCUGCACUCCGUGUACGUUGCUCAGAUAUGGAUUUCAUGUACGAGAAAGUAAGACUCUCGAUGCAUCGACUUAUCCAGCGAGCCGCCAUUCGACGAAUGGACCAUGAUAAACAAGCAAAUAAUUUUUCUCUCGUCGUGGCUAUUGUAUCAGCGAGCCUCACAGGGUCGCCGAUUGCUCCAAGACAUACCCAAGCCGACAGCUGGGAGGCAUGUGAGCGGAUCUUGCCACACGUUGACAACCUUCUAGAACUGAACCAAGAGUUUGAUAUCGUUCAGCGCUUCCAUACGCCGCUAGCGCAACUUCUACUACGUUGUUCGGGACAAGAACGAUAUAGUGCCGCUCUACGCUACAUCAAGACAGCUCUCGAAAUGCUCCCCGCAGAAACGCUUGCGCGUACAAGUGCAUUGGACCUCUGGGGGAUAACGAACCUUGCGAUCUGCCGCCCGAAAGCCGCACUGCAGGCUUUCAAAGAGGCGUACAACUUGCGCACAGCAACCCUCCCUCAGGACCAUAUCUCUCUGGCCGGAAACAGCGUCAAUCUGGGCAUUGCGUGGACGGAGUUGCGGGAAUUUGACGAGGCAGAGAUAUGUCUCAGGCAAUCGAUCGAGAUCCGGGAGAAGCACCUCGGCGAGAAAAUUGGGAACUCGUGUGGCAACAUGGCGAGUCUGCUGCUCCGGGCUGGAAGGAUAGAUGAGGCCGAGAAAAUGCUGCGGCGCUGCUGCUAUUCAACGAACUUUACGGACGAAGCACUCUUGGAAACCACGAACCCGCGGCUAUCUGGCGAUCUAAUGCUCCUAAGCCGAGUUCAAAGCGUCCAAGGGAAUCGCGACAAAGCACUGCGCUUCGCAGACAGAGCUUUGAAUCUGCGGAAGGGCAGUGUGGACGGUCGUCUCAAGGUCUGCGACUCGCUCUACCAGUUGGCGGUGCUCGGUGCCUCCAGUGAUGCCGGGCUAGCAAGCCAACUCCUUACCGAAUGCAUCCAGUUUGCUGCCAAACUUCCGAAACUUGAGGGAAUUGGCCAUCUUGCACGCGCCAAUUAUCGGCUCUCGCGAAUCUUUGGGGAACAAGGACGAGAGGAUGACCGGGCGACGUGCCUCGAGCAGGCUACUCAAUUCCAAGAAGAAUUCCUCUUGAUAAAUGGAGAGGAAGCAUUGGUUUCGGACAAGUUGAAUGUCGUCUUUUUUGACCAGUGUGUGCCCUGGAUGCUAUGGUGA